AUGGGCUCGAGCGUUGUCCUCGGCGGCAACCGGUCGAACCGCCGGACGAUCGUCUUCUUCGUGUGCACGUGGGUCCUGUACACGGUCCUCUUCCUCGCGGCGCUUCUCUCGUUCGUAGCCUUUGGCCUCGUCACGAUCGCACGCGGCGGCGCCGGCGACGGCGGGUACGAAGCGCGGUUCGUUGGCCUUGCGACCGCCUUUGUGCGCAACUACUGGCGCGUCGAGAUCGGCGUCCUCUCGCUCUAUGAGACCGAGCGCACGCUGUCCAUGCAGACACGGCCGGCGGAGCUCACGAGUACGCACGUCCUCCACACGCUUCUGUACAUCUUUGGCUGGAAGACCACGUUUGUCGGCCCGCUCUCGGCGAUUCCAGUCGCCAUUUGGAUCCUUGGCAUGCACACGGUCGUAGACGCGCCCAUGGACACGUACGCGAGCGGCGGCUUGACCGUCGAAGUGCUCGUCAAGUGGUCGCUCUUCCUCUUGGCCGGCCUCGUCAUCGGGCAGAUCCUUUGCCUCGUCAUUGUGUCCAUCAGCAUUGGCUUGUACAACAGCAUCUUUCCGUCGCCAGCGCCAAGCGUCAGAGACGAGUGCCGUCCGCUCGCAAGAGACAUCGCCAUCAAUGUGUACCACAGCACGUCGACGCAGGUGCGCGACACGUUUGCGCGACACCCGUCGUCGCCGACCAAGCCGGCACCACCGCUCUUGCCUGUGCAGAAUUCCCAACCCGCAAGAACGAGCCUAACGGUUGAGAAGCCGCUCGUGAUUCCACAACCAUCCGAACCCGCCCCUGCGUCCCCGAGCGCGCCGGACGACGUGCUGGCACCAACGGCACACGCCCACAACGAGGAGCUUCCCACCGAGUCGCUGGCCCGUCAUAGCACCUCGCCGGACGCGCUUGCUCCAAUUCCCAUCCAGAUCCAUGGUACGGCCGUGGCGAUCGCAAUCGCAAGCGAGGCCGAAGACACUGCCGCCACCGACGACAGAGACGACCUCGACGCCGAGCUCGCAGCCCUUGACAAGCGUAUCGAGGACUACAAGCGGUUCGAAGCCGCAGCCAAAGACAACAAGAAGCUGCGUCGGAGUCUGGAGAAGGAGCGCCGGAGCGUCGAAGACGAGCGACAGAAGCUCCUCGAGAAGAAACGUCAGUCGAGCUCGUUUGUCAUCGCCGGUGCGCACAUGUCGCCCGCCGGCCCGAUGCGCGGCCCCAUGGCCAUUCACGUGGCGCCACGGACGUACCAGAUGGAGUCGGCGCCCGACGACCACGAGUAUGGCGACAACACGAUUGGGUACAGUACCUUUUCGGCGGGCAGUCUCACGUACAGCUACAUGCCCGGGAGCCUCCACACGCAGUCGCCGGACGUGUACCGCAACUUGUUUGAGAGUUCGUUGGUUCGGUCGCCGCCGCAGUACGACCAGUUUGACGGGCCGUCCCCGACGCAAUACGAGCGCAUGUACGGCCACCUGUCGCCGCCAUCGGCCGCGGCGUUCUCGUCGAGCGACUUUGAGCCCAAGACGCGCGGCUUCCGCCUCUACCGGUCGGUGAACACGCCGUUUGCGCCAGCACUAGCACCCGACGAUGUGCUCGACCACGUGCACUUGACGGCGUACGCCCCGGCCUGCGUAUCGCCCCAGAGCUCGUUUACUCUUGCCGUCUGGGCGUUCCUGAUCAACCAGCGGGACGACAUGCACGAAGCUGCGACCGCCGACGGAAGCGCGCGUCAGCUCUCGCGCGACGUCAUGUUUGACUUGCGCCGCGGUGCGCUCAUCCACGUGACGCUCGAGCUACCCGAAGGGUUUUCGUUGGUCGACGAAGCGCCCACAAAAGCUCUGCCGUGGCAGGGCGCCGCGACCCACGUUGCGUACGACAUCCAGUGCAACGUACCGCAGGCGACCCGCGACCAAGUGCUCCUCAAAGCCACGGUGGUCGUCGGGACAAAGGUCAUGAUCCUCCGCGCCUACGUGUACAUUGCGUCGAUCUCGGCCGCGUCCAUGGAGGCGACAGAGCUCAACACACAGCUCGAGAUGCUGCCCGAGACGUUUGAAGAGAUUCCGUUCACGGCGCUCGACAUGAAGGAGCUCGUGGGCCGCGGCAACUUUGGUGACGCGUACCGAGCCCGGUACCAUGGCCGAGACGUGGUCGUCAAGACGAUUCGAGCGAGCGAGUUUGGUGACAACUCGGACCAGAUCGUGCAAGAGUUUCGGCACGAAGCCGCGGUGCUGGCCAUGUUUGGGCACCACCCGAGCAUUGUACCGUUCGUGGGCGCAAGCACAGACCUCUCGCAGCCGCUGAGUCUCGUGACCGAGUACCUUCCGUUUGGGAGCUUGGAGAGCCACGCGCCAGCGCUAUCGACGAAUCAAAAGACGCAAAUUCUGUGUGACGCGGCCGCCGGGUUUCUCAACAUCCACGAAGGCGGCUUCUUGCACCGCGACAUCGCCGCGCGCAACUGCCUCGUCGACGACGGCUUGCGGGGCAAAAUUUGCGACUUUGGUAUGUGCCGGCGGGUCAACUCGUAUGGCGGGACCCGGCUCAGCGAAGGCGUCGGCCCGCUCAAGUACAUGGCGCCCGAGUCGCUCACGCCACCCCACGCCUUCUCGUUCCGGUCCGACUCGUACUCGUUCGGCGUGCUCAUGUGGGAAACGUUCACGGAGACCAAGCCGUUUGGCGACAUGCCGGCGUACAUGGCGGCGUCGCACGUGGUGGGCGGUGGCCGGCUCGCGCUCGACGAGGCCGUGCCUCUCCAAUACCAUCACCUGAUCGAAGCCUGCUUCCACGAAGACCCGACCAAGCGGCCGUCGAUGGCGACGAUCCUGCAGGCGCUAUUGCCGGCCUCGUAA